UGCAUGAUAAUAAAAACAUGUCCUUGCCCGUUAUAUAUAAAUAAUUGACUUAAGGACGUUUAUGCAAAUGCGAUGGGGGUCGAUGAGUUGUAGAUUUCUGUGACAGUAAGCUACAGGAAGGCGUAUCUGGAGGUUAAUUACCCUUCCAUAACGCUACUAUUGUGUUCAAUAGAUUACUAUCUAUCAGUAGUUCAAUCGUUGGACUUUUAUAUAGGAAUUCAGACAGAGAAAGACAAUUUGAACUUAGGAUGCCACAUUAUGGUUGAUAUGGUUUAAACAGGAUCAAAAGAAGAAAUGCACAAAUGAAAUUCAUUCGGACCCAUCAACUAAUCAUAUGUGUAAUUGUGUAUUGUAAAGUCGGUGUAUAAUCCUCUAAUCAGUAAGCUAGAUUAGCCAUAACACUAUACUUAUAUAUAUAUGCGUUCACUCUAUUUGUAUGCCAUAUAAGCAGGGUUCAUUAAGGACAUGGGGCUUAUCUAAAAAUGGAGACCACCAUUUCAUACCUAAUAUGUUAUAGAAUAGAAGGAUAUAUGGUGAUCAGGCAAUUCCCAAUUGCACACAGACAACUCAAAUAUUGAUUGUACUUCUUCCUGCAACUAUUGUUAUUCACCUGUAUACAUGAUCAAAAGAUUGGAAAACACAAAUACAGAACAGAUUAUAACACCAUCACCAUGACAACACCAGACGGUGCAGCAAAGAAAUUCCUUUAUACUGGACCUGGGUCUAAAUCUAGAGAUCAAGACGUCAAUCAAGAUUGGAACUAUACACAUAAUAGAGAAAAACGAGAAAGUAAAGGUGAAGCUGUAGACUUGGAAGAUGUGUGGAGUAUAAAGAAAAAUGUUGGUAUAGCCAAUAAUACAUCCGCACCAAAUACUGAUAAAUUUUCACUUAAUGCCGAUACCAAAUUCUACUCAAGAUACAACAGUUUAAAGGAAAAAGAUAAACCCAAUCAAAAUAAAACACCAAGCAGUUUUACCGAUGGUAGUUCAUAUCGCUUGCCACCAGAACUUAGCAAUUCUUUUUCAACUCAACGCCGGAACUCCAACACCAAGAGACAUUCAUUAACAUGUGAAGAUGAGUUCGACUUUUAAUGAUCUGAUGAAAAUUUCAAGAUUUAUAUUACAUGUAUAUUAAUUUCAUAAUUAUUAUGGAGAUUGGAAACUGCUAUAGGAAGUCAGAGGGGAACACUCCGUGUGAUUGCUUUCUACUGGUUUAAAUAUUACUUUAUAUUUGAAGUUGCGUUCUUGAUAACUUAGAUUAUUGAAUUUAACAUACUGAGAUCUAUAACUAUACAAUAAAUUACGUUACAUUGAAGACUUCCCACUUGAACUGUACAUUAGUGGACACGGUUGACGUAUGUGCUCUGUUAUCACAUUACUUUCGUUUUACUGAUUUUAAAACUAUGAUGUAUACAGUGCCGGAUUUACGUAAAGGCUUGUUUAAAACACACUUUCAUCUUCUUAGUGUUGAGGGUACGGGGACUGGGAUGGACCUUAUAAGUGGAAAAAAUUAAGGCUUCUCGUUAUCUAAAUCUGACACUGGAUGUAUACCAUAAUAUUUGUACCACAGUAACAUCCCAGUAAAGACUAAGAUAUGUCGUUGGGCUACCCAUAAACAUUUAAAAGAAAUCUGCAUUGGUUUAAAUCCUUUCGAAUAUCCAAUAUUUUGGCUGGGUUAUCUGCUUUUGAGUUUGAGACAAUUUCUAUGUCCAUGCGCUUACGGUGACAACAUUAGCUUGCCAGCCAAUCUACAUUUUGGGGGUCAAAUAACCCUAAAAUAUUUAAAAAUGAAAAUGUUUCUCGGACUUUGUCAUGUUAGCCCUUUAAUAUUCCCCAUUUUAACCAUAAAAACCCCCCAAUUAAGUGCUGUUAUACAUGUAGUAGAUACAUGAAUACACAUAACAUUAGUGCUAUGAGAAAUAUUUGUAAAGGUAUUGUAGUUUAUCGUAGAGCUAGCUAGCUGUGUAGGGCCUUGGUAAUGUGAUGUGCAAUAUAUUGACAGGGAGGUAAUCUGACUCAUCUUUUGGUUUUUAUUUUACAUAUUAUGUGUGAUGUAGACAAUAAAAAAGUUUGAAAAAUCAAAAA